AUGCCUGUGUCUUUCUUUCGGAGACCAAUCCAUCAGAGCUCGAAUGCACUGAUGUGUGUUGUGUUCAGAAAUACCUUACGGAUCAAGCUUCGGCUUGCACCCGAUGGAUGCACUCCUAUCGGCCUGCAAGUAUGGGCAGGAAUAUCCACGGCCAACUUUGAAAUUGGUGAGGUUGUUGAUCUGACAAAAACGGCGCAAGUUGACUAUUCCGAGCUUGAGAUGGUGGAGGAACCCGGUCCGGAGUUUGCCUAUGAUGAGUCCUUUCUCCAAGGCGAAAGCUGGACAUCCUCACUUGAGGAGCACAUUGCCGCAGCAGACUGGGGUCGGCCCCGCUGGAGAAGAAGCUAUGGCAACUACCGCGGCUAUGGCAGGUAUGGCAGGUAUGGCAACCAUGGCAACGUUGGUACCUCGACCAGCCCUGCAGCUACUACUACAGCUUCUCCCGAUUCGAGCACAGUGCCAUCAUCGACCGUGACCACCUCUGCUGUCGCAGCCGACUGCGAGUGUCCAACACUUCCCAGCUUCGUCCGGUUUCAAGGCGGGCUGGAAGACGUGUUUGUGGGCUCCCUGAACAUUUCCGGCGUUCACGAGAUUCGCCAGUUCCACGAGGAUGGGACUGAAGCAGCCAAUGGGAGGAUUUUGGCGAUCAUCACCACUGGGGAUCUCGACGAAAGGCUACGCACGCAACCGCAGCACAUGGUCUGCCUGUGUCUGCCAAAUUACCGCAUUCACUGUGUGAAUCAGAUGACCAAUGCGUGGACGCUGGGAACCUUUCAAGGUGUGGAAGAGAGCACAUGCACCCCAGGGCUUUCAGCUCGUGGGCCUUUUCCGGGAUACGUUUCGGACCAUGUUUGGGCCGGCCGUUGUGGAUCCGGCGGAAGCACCUGGGCUUGA